UACCUAUAAUAAUUAAUUUAAUUUAAAAAAAAAAAUGUUUUUAAAACAAAUACUUAGUUUACUAAUAACAUUUGGACCACUAACAUAUGGUUUUGUGUUAUUAUCAUCUUCGGUGGCAGCGGGUACUGGUAAUCCAACAGCACGUGAUAAUGUUUUUCAUUUAGGAAAAUCAUGGACGUAUUCAUUAGAAACAACUGUUUUAUUAAAUAAUGUUAAUCAAAGUGAAAAGAAUGUGGGUUUUCAAAUUGAAAGUGAUAUUAUUGUUAGUAGUAUAUGGGAAUCAUCAGAAAAUGUACAUAAAAAAUUACUUAAAAUUGAGGUAGUUACACCAAAAUUGUAUAUAAAAUCAAGAAAAGCACCUGCACCAGAAGGUUUUAUUUAUCACUCAUCCAAAUUAGAUUCGUUACCAAAUUUUCCAUUUUAUAUAUCAUGGAGCGAAGGAAUUGUAAAUAAAAUAUACUACGAUAAACGAGAACAAUUAUCGUUGAUUAAUUUAAAAAAAGGAAUUUCCAGUUUGUUUCAGUUUCAACUAUUAGAUGGAAGUUCAGAAGAAACAGAUGCAUCUGGUCCAUGUUCUGUAAUAUAUUCAUCUAUAGGUCCACAUUCCUUUUCCAAAACAAAAGUUCGGUGUACAAAACCAAAUGAUUUACCAUAUUUAAAACAUUCCAAUCAUUUAUUAUCCAGUACGUUAGAAUCCAAGCGUCAAGCAAAUUACGAGCUAAAUGUUGAUAACAAUGUAAUUGAACGGAUUACAACACAAGAAUUUCAUGAUUUUAAUGUGGUUAUACGUAACGAUGCUGGUAGUAAUAUUCAUACGAUCCAACAAUUACGAAAGAAAUCUGAUGGAACUGCAUCGAUAAUUCAAGCAAAUAAUAUACAAAGUGUUUUACAAAAGUUGGAAUCAUCGAUUGGUUCAAAAUUGAUUGAUGAUGUAUUGUUAACUAAACGUGAAGUACAACCGUCAACCAUAAGUUUAGCGAAAUUAAUUAAAGAGAAUAAGGAAUGGUUGAAAGAUGAUAAAUUGGGAACGAUUAAAUCAGCAAAUGCAUUUGUCAAAUUAUUGAGUGGUGUUCGUGAGGCAAAUCGUCAAGAUAUUGUUAAAGUUUUAAAACAUAGUCGAAAUAAAGAUAUUUUGCUUCAAUUAUAUGAUAUUGUUGGAUUUGCACAAACUGAAGAUGCACAUGAAGCAGCAAAAAGUGUUCUAAAUUUUGAUGAUGAAAAUGAUUUUGAUGCAGUUGAACGUUAUUUGGGUGCUUUAUCAAUGAGCUCACAUUUAUCAUCCAAUAUAUUAGAAGAUAUACUAAAAAUAUCAAAAAAAGAAUUUCAAAAUCCUAAGUUGGUUGAAACAAUACUUUUAACUUUGGGAGCUAUGGCCCAUCAAUAUGAGAAAAAUAAUGACAACAAAGGGAAAUUAAAUAUUGUACAUAAAAUUGAAGAAUCGUUACUAAAUGGAUUAGAUUUUUGUAAAGAACAGGAAGAUUGUCUUUUAAAUCAUUUAAGAGCACUGCAAAAUUUAAAACACUCAACCACAAUUCCACAUUUAAUAAAAUAUGCAAGAAACGGAACACGAAAAGUAAAUGUUGCAGCAAUGAAAGCAUUACGAAAGCUUCCAAAAUCAGCAUGGAAUGCUGAAGUACUAAAAACAUGUCAUAAAAUAUUUUACAUGUACGGAAAACCUUAUGAUUCGAGCGCACGUACUUUAGCUUUAGAUAUUAUUUUGGAAUCAAAACCAGACCAAACGGUUUUAAAAGACUUAAUACAUUUUUUGUUAUCGAACGAUCGAGCUUUUGAAGUCAAACAAUAUUUGGUUCAACAAUUGCGUCUCAUGUCUGAAUCAGACAAUGAAUUUAGAGAAGUGAUAUUGGGUAUAAUUCGUAGCAAUCCUAAAAUCAAUAAUUAUGCUAUAUUAGCACAAAAAGGUUUAAGCACUGCUUUUUCAAGAUCAUUUGUCAAUAACCCAUCAGUAAAUGGUAGUUUAGUUACUGUACAAGAAAUCCAUGGUGGCAUCUUGAAACGUGGCAUUGUUGACGUAGUUUUGGAAAACAACGGUGUCUCACAAGAAAUGUUUCGGUUAGGAUUAUUUGCCGGUGGUUUAGGAAGUUUUGUUUCUUCUGAUACUAAUAAUGACGUCGACCCAGCUAGUGAUCCCGAUGAAUCAGCAAAUGCUGGAAUGGAAUUAUCUGUAAUGGGUAUUCAGCUAAGACCUUUUGUAUUCUUUUCUGGUCAAGGUGAACUUAUGGGCCAUGUAUGGUCGGGAACUGCUUCAGAAAAAACUCCAGCUUAUCAGGCCUUAAUUCUAUUACAAGAUCAUUUAGAAUACUUGAGAUUAGGUGUUGGAAUGAUUGCGGAAUUACAAAAUAUUGGUGGAACUUCAUUUGACUUAUCAGGUCAUAUUCAAAUAUCGUUGUGGAAUAGAAAUGCUCAAUCAUGGGUGGAAAAAACGGCUGGUAUAUUGUUAACUGGAAUUGUUCGAAUUGAUACAUUAUUUGUAAAUUCUAAAAUAGAAUAUAGUUUGAGUAUUGAGCCAAAAUUGAAUCUUGUAUCCGAUAUUGAAUUUUAUUCUGGUGUAUCUUUAUGCAUGCAAUUGAAACAACCAGAUACAGUAGUAAGGCAUAAUAUAUAUAAAAUUGAACGGAUACCAGGAAGUAAACAUAAACUUCGAAAGUCAACAUACAAAGUCAGUAAAGUACCCGGAAAAACGUAUGCAUUAAAUCAAAAAAAUAAUGAAAUGUGCAAUGUUAUAUUUAAGGAUAAAUAAAUAAAUUUUUAAUUUUU